AUGCCUCUGUCUAACACCUCUUCUUGAAUUUCUGUGCUCAGAACAAUAGCCUAUCUGGAUCAGCUAUCAGCCAGUGAAGACAUGCUCAUCCUUUUCCGCUGCCAUCUUGCCAAUGCUCUCCAGCAUUCAUUCACAAAAGGUUUACCUUUUAGAAAUCUGGUCCCUUCACCGCUGGUUGGUUGCCUUCAGUUACACCUUGUGUUGCAGGGUAUCAAACGUCACCAAGGCUCUAAUAAGUGUCAACGCCAACCCAACACAAUCAACCUAAUGCACAUUUUUUUCCAGUCCUUGAGCUUCUCUGACUACAACCAUACAAUGCUUUGGGCUGCCUGCUGUCUUGAGUUUUUGGGUAUCUUAUGGGCUGGUGAGUUCAGCGACAACUCCCACUUCAAUCCCGACAUCCACAUUGCUGUCACCGAUGUCCACAUUAACAUUAAGUACUCUACGAUGGACCCCUUUCGCCAAGGGUUGCUAUAUUCACAUUGGUGCUGA